AUGGCAGCUUCCCGCGUCCUCCUCAUCCUCGGCGGCGGCGCCAACGUCGGCUCCAGCGUCGCCCGCGCCUUUGCGGACAACGGCUACAAGGUCGCCGUCACGUCGCGGUCGCCGCGGCCGCAGGGCGAGGCCGGCGUCGACCUGCACGUCCAGGGCGACCUCUCGGACCCGGCCUCGGUGCCGUCCAUCUUCCAAAAAGUGGUGCAGGCGCUCGGCCCGCCCAGCGUGGUCGUCUACAACGCUGCCGCUGCGACGCGCAACGCCCCAGAGGAUCCGCUGGCCCUGUCGCUCGAGGACCUGAACCGCGACUUUCAAAUCAACACGGCCAGCGUGCUCGUCGCGGCGCGUGAAGCCACGGCGCUGUUCGCGACGCUGCCCGCGUCGGCGCCGCGCACGUUCAUCUACACGGGCAACAUACUCAACAAGACGACCAUUGCGCCGCUCCUCAGUCUCGGCAUCGGCAAAUCGGCGACGGCGCACCUCAUCGCUUCGGCGUCGCAGGUCUACAAGGCCAAGGGCUACAGGUUCUACUACGCUGAUGAGCGCCAGGCGGACGGGUCGCCCGUGUACCAGAACAUUAGCGGGCCGGCGCACGCCGCGUUUUAUACGCGGCUUGCAGAGGGCGAUGAGCGCGUUCCGUGGGAGGCGACGUUUGUCGGGGGAAAGGGCUACGUCGAUUUCUCCAAGUGA